AUGGAGCGAGGGAGAGGAGGAGAGGGCGAUAUGAAUCGGCAGCAAGAUCACCGCCGUUUGCAGCCGCCUGAUCAGGGUCAAAUGCACCAAAAUCUUCAUCAACCGCCGCCGCCACCACAGCCACAAAAGUGCCCUCGGUGUGAUUCUGUCAACACCAAAUUUUGCUAUUAUAACAACUACAGCCUCUCUCAACCACGGUACUAUUGCAAGAGUUGCAGAAGGUACUGGACGCAAGGCGGGACCUUGAGAAAUGUUCCAGUUGGCGGUGGCUGCUGGAGGAAGAGUAAGCGACCCAAAACCUCGACUUCUUCAAAUAAUAGUGAGAAUUCAAGAACUCAACCUCUAACACCGCCACUUCCAUCACAACUGCAUGUCUCACAGAAUUUAACUACUAUGGCUGCUAUGAUUUCGGGUAAUUCUGGGUUAUUACCUGUGGAUCAAUCCUCGAGGAGUUUGCCGGAGGUGAUUUCACCAAUGAGUUCUUUCUAUUCUGGUGGUUCAUUUUUAUCAAUGCAACCAAAUAUGGGGGACGUGCCUGGCGGCCAACUUGGUGGCGGAACCGCCGGUGGUGUAAAAAUGGCACAGUUUCCAGGGCUAAAUUUUCCAUCUUUGAACUCUCAAUCGUCACAAUUCCAACUGCAUAAUGGUCUAGUCCCGGUGCAAAGGACAUUGGAAUCUUGGACUCAAUUUUUCGUCAACAACAGCGCCAACUCUUCAGCCUCAAGCACGAAUUUCUGGAAUAACACCAAUACCGGCAGCAACGAAGGUGGAUCGUCCAUCAAGCCAAAUCCAUGGCCUGAUCAUUGA